CGAGCAGUGCAAUUAUUUAUUCAUAGGAGAUGACCACGGAACUGACAAUGUGUAUAGCGGCGUCAGUGAUAAUUACGAACUCUUGACUUUAGACCAGAGCCAAGGGAGAAAUGUACCCUUGAGUCCCGUGACGAUCCCCUCCAAUCUCCCAACUACCAACAGCGGCCUUCGAGGAAAAGCGCGAUCAAUGGACAACAUGCUUUCGGAAGCUGACAAACAAAACAGCGAAAAGACAAAGCCUUCUACAUUAAUCAGGGGGCUUGAUGUCUGUGGAGAAAAAAUAGCGAGAAAAAAUAAUUUUUCAUCAGCUCUUUCCAGGUUAUUUUUAAAACGAGGCAGUGAUGUCUCUGCAGCCACAAACGAUUUGGGAUCCAACACUGAGAUGCCGGGUGGGACUUCCAGGAUUAAGGAUGGUGUAGAAAUUCAUUCGCAGGGGAUGAUUCGUUCAUCAAAUCGGUCGGCCGUGCAUCUGAGACCGGUUUGCGAUGACGGGUUUGAAACACAUGACAAAAGUAAAUUGAGAAAGGCUUUUAGUCUCGAUUCAUUGGGCGAGCCCUCCAGAGAAGUCGCUGAUCACGUGGGUAACGAGGAUCACGUUUACGAGACUGUCACACCUAGACGUUCUAGACCACCACCUCCCAUCCCAUUCGAACCACUGGCCGACAAACGAAAGCCGAACGCUGGCAGAAUUUCUGCUGAAAAUACGACAACAAAACCAGACAACGAUACAGGCUGGAUUAAAAAAACAAAUCUCAAAGCGAACAGUGCAAACUAUCAAAAUUUACUUGAGGAAAGUAACCUGGUGAAGGCUAUUAGUUUCCAUUCGAAUUCACUCAGCGAGCCUUGCCGAGAAGUCCCUGAUCGUCCGAAUGAGGACGAUCACCUUUACGAUAUUGUUAGUCCUAAAUGUUAUAAAAUACCACCUUCUAUCCCAGACAAACCACUGUUCUUUCAAAAGUUGAAAGCUGGCGAAAUUUCUGCUGAAAAUACGACAAGAAAACCAGACAACGAUACAGCUUCGAUUAAAAAAAUAAAUCUCAAAGCGAACAGUGCAAACUAUCAAAAUUUACCUGAAAAAAGUAACCCGCGAAAGGCUAUUAGUUUCCAUUCGAAUUCACUCAACGAGCCUUGCCGAGAAGUCCCUGAUCGUCCGAAUGAGAACGAUCCCGUUUACGAUAUUGUUAGUCCUAAAUGUUAUAAAAUACCACCUUCCAUCCCAGACAAACUACUGUUCCGUCAAAAGUUGAAAGCUGGCAAAAUUUCUGCUGAAAAUACGAAAACGAAACAAGACAACAACACAGCUUUGAUUAAAAAAACAAAUCUCGGAGCCAACAGUGCAAACUAUCAAAAUUUACCUGAGAAAAGUAACCCGCGAAAGGCUAUUAGUUUCCAUUCGAAUUCACUCAGCGAGCCUUGCCGAGAAGCCACUGAUCGUCCGAAUGAGAACGAUCCCGUUUACGAUAUUGUUAGUCCUAAAUGUGAUAAAAUACCACCUUCCAUCCCAGACAAACCACUGUUCCGUCAAAAGUUGAAAGCUGGCGAAAUUUCUGCUGAAAAUACGACAACGAAACAAGACAACAACACAGCUUUGAUUAAAAAAGCAAAUCUCGAAGCCAACAGCGCAAGCCAACAAAAUGACAGCAUUGCGGGUCCUGUGAGAGAACAUCAUUCCUCGCAGGAGGCGGGAGAUUUUAUCCCCAGUGACCAGUCUCCAGGUCCCUGCCCUGAAAGCCCAACGUCAGCGCCGAUACCCGAAGAUCUGUUGUGCCUGAGUGAGACAGGAGUGGGAACACUCUUGAGAAGCCUAAACAUGCAAUGUUUUGUAAACAGAUUUCAAGAGGAACAGAUUGACGGUAAAUUGUUGGUGACUUUAGACGACACAGCUUUACUUUGUUUGGGUUUAAAUGCAUUUCAUGUGGCGAAAUUGAGGGAAUUUAUCGGCGGCUGGCGACCAAAUAUCAGUGAGAACGAAACAUAGGUAUUUCGUUGGUUACAUUUACUUUAUAGUAUUUGUUUAGAAUGGACGAAACAGGCUUAGUCAAAACUCAGACUCAGACUGGACAGAAUCAAGGGCCCUAUGGCCUAAGUGGGGGUUCUGUGCGGAAUAUACUGCACUAGAAUUAGGUUAACGGGGUACCUAAGGACAUUCGCCCAUAAUAUAGCUAUCACAAGGGGGCUCUUUUAAUAUUUUGACCUGGGGACCCAAGAUGUGGUGUUAUGCCACUGCUAAACGUUAAUAUAAUACAUUAUAAUAUAACAUUUAUAGUACGCGCGUGCUAAUUGGUCAAGAAGCGAAGACGAGUUGUCUAAUUGUUUUAGUAUACACCCUGUACCUAGAUAUGUUAAUUUCGAGAAAAUAAUCGAAACACCGC